CUAAAAAAGAAGAAGGGGCGUGACGGAAGACUAGUAGCUAGUUGGAUGUGACACUUGUUCUCUUGAAGCUAGCGGUGGUGAGAAUGAGUGAGAGAGUAGACCUACUAGCAGUGCUAUCACAGAUACGAUCCUCUACAACACGAGACCUUCCUGACAAACAACUGUCUGAAGGUGAGGCUCUGACAGAGUUCUGCACAGCCUUCCAGAAGGAGAGAUGUUUCUCAAGGCAUUCGUGCAAGGCACACUUUAAACAGCUCCUACAAGUACUCAAGGGUCAUUGCCUUGACAACGAAUGGCUAGAGGGGGUGGUUAUCAUGGAGACAGGUCAUCGUAUUCUGAUGACUCUGCGCUUGCUACUGCGUGAUGAACUGCUACAACACUCGUUUAUGAAAGGUCAAAGUCCAAUACCAUCUCUAGCUGCGUCCCUAUCACGGGCUACACACCUUCACAUCACCAUGACAACCAGUGAUCCCAUUUCCGUGGACAUACUUAAAGAACUGACAAAUAUAUUUCAGAAGAUAUCCCAUAGCCCUCGUUACCAUGACGACAUCCUCUCGGCCAGUGUUCACGUCAGUUUGUGUGCCCUGUUAAUGACCUCUGACCUCCCCACUCUGCACUGCACACUGUGUGCCCUCACCAACAUCAGCAAACAGCCUGGAUCAUGUGAGACGUUGUGUGCCACCCACGCACUCCCACCACACACACUACUACACAUCGUAUCAACGUACGAUAUGACCUCUCGUCGCUUAGCAACAGAUCUGUUAUUAUUGCUGAGUCAGCAGCCACUGUUUCGCACACAGUUACAAAAUGUGGACGGACUCUCAAUUCUUAUCAGAUUGUUCCAUAGUUGCUCUGACGCCCACGUCCUUCAUCACGCUGUGUGUGUAGUGGAGCGGCUGUGUGAGGGUAGUGAGGGGCGUGAGGCUGUGAGGGUGGGAGGGGGAAUCCCCCUGUUACUAAAUAUACUCUCGAGGAAUGACAUCACACAAUCCACAGACCACGAGAGUCGGGACAAGGGGCUAGUGUUACAGAGUGCUGUGUGUUCAGUGCUGACUCAGCUAGUGCUCAGUGAUGCCAAUGCUCAGUGUAUAGUGCAAUUGAAUGGAGUCUAUCUGGUCGCUAUGCACAUCCUACCCUUGGCAACCCCGAUCACUGGAGACAAAAGACUCAAGUUUAAUCUCCAGAAGCAUGCUCUAAGAGCACUCAGGUAUUUGUUCAGUAUGGAGAGACAUCGAUCACUCUUCAAGAAGCUCUUUCCAACAAGUUUAUUUGAGCUCUUCAUUGACAUUGGACACUACACACAAGACAUUGGUGCUUACAGUCACAUGGUGCACGCUGUCAACAGCCUCUCUGAGGGUGAUUGUGAUGUCAUACGAGGUAACAUAAAAGCGACCAAUCAGAACAAAGCACCGAUUUUCACAAUUGGAGGGUAUGCUGUCCUAGAGUUACUAGGAUCAGGAGCAUUCGGGAGCGUCUACAAGGUCCACAAGCCUCACUCGGAGGGUUACCUCGCCCUCAAGGAGAUACGCUGCACUCAUCCCUGCCUCGGGAAGACGCUGGGAGAGCGGAGCAGUGCGAUAGGUCACCUCAUGACUGAAGUGAAUAUGGUGAGAGAGCACCUGAGACACACCAACGUGGUCAGCUAUCACAAGUGCUUCCAGGAAGGGGGCCACUUGUACAUUGUCAUGCAGUACCUGGAGGGCGCCUCUCUCCUGGAGCACAUUACAUCACUCAAGGAGAAAGGUCAAAAGUUCACUGAGGAGCGAUUGUGGCGUGUGUUCACCCAGCUCACACUUGCACUGCGCUACAUUCACAAGGAGAAGAGGAUCGUCCAUCGUGACCUCUCCCCAGCCAACCUCAUGCUAGGGGAGGGGGACAAACUGACCAUCACUGACUUUGGUCUGGCUAAACAGAAACAGAGAGAGCUGAGUGUACUAGAGUCAGUGGUGGGGACCAUGCUCUACUGGUGUCCAGAGCUGGUCCACAGUGAGCCCUACAACGAGAAGGCUGAUAUUUGGGCUGCUGGGUGCAUACUCUACCAGAUGGCUGCCCUCAAUCCACCUUUCCAAGCAUCCAACAUGCUCGCUCUAGCCAAAAAGAUUGCAGAGGUAGAUUACCCCAGUAUCCAUGACGACUCGUACAGCCCCCUCGUGUCAGAGGUCAUUCAACGUUGUCUGACCUCUGACCCCAAAGAAAGAGCCGACAGUGUUCAGCUUGGUGGGAUGCUGUCGGGAGUGUUGAUGUCUCAGCUAGAUCAACUAUCUCUGAACUACGAGGCUCUUGAGAGGAGGCUACAAAGAGAGAAACAAAGAUCUAUAAAACACAUCAACAAAGCCGUGUGGAGUGAACAGAGGUAUCAACAGCUCCUCUCGUCCACAGGUGGUAACUACGACAACAGCCAAACAAACGUGAGACGAAGGCUAUCUUCAAGUUUUGCAAAAAUUGAUGCAGAAGCUAUUAAAACUGGUCAAACGGGUUUGGCAAGGUACGAUCGCGAGGAAAGUCCUGGAGAUUGUGAAAUUGACUCGCUACAGAAAAGUACAGACAGCGUGUUUCUCGAGCAGCCUGUCGCUGAGGCAACCAACUCGUCUCCUAGCAACACAAAGCCAAGCCGCAUCAAUCCUCUAACAUCUCGAGUGCGGAGUCAAUCAGCGAUCGUGGGGGGCACUGUGGGGGGUGAUCCCCUGUCGCUAACGAGCUACCCCCUGGGCAGACUAAUGAGUGCCAGUGGAUCACCUCUAGCCACCAGGCAAAUGAACAGAACAGCAUCAGUGACCUCCACACUGAGUAUCUCCCCGCGUCAUGUACGACAGAUCAGUGACCCUGUGACAGCACUUCUCACACACCUCCACAAGUUACUCAGCCUCACACUCCUCCCACCGCCCACACCACACACUGCCGCAAGACGUCUACUACUGGACAAAUACAAAAUGUCCCUUUUCGAUAUUUCAAGCGAUUCUUCGCAACUUAAGACAGAACUACACAAGUUAUCUACCGGGAGUACUGAACCUGUGAUCUCAUUGGUCGAUUCUGGUGGGCCGUCUCGGAUUGUGAGCCGUGCUCUUAGUGAGCUUUGUGAUGCUUGUGAUGGUGUGGAGGUGUGUGGGUGGGGAGGGGGCCCAUUGACGUACGAACAGUUGCAAGCCGUCAUUGAAAGUUUAGCACAAGAAUAUGAUAUCAGGACUAACACUAGCUAGUGUGUAUGUGCUUCAACUGUGUGUGUGUGUGUGCUUCAACUGUGUGUGUGUGUGUGUGCUGCUUCAACUGCAUGUGUGUGUGUGUGUGCUGCUUAAACUGUGUGUGUGUGUGCUACUUCAACUGUGUGUGUGUGUGCUGCUUCAACUGUGUGUGUGUGUGCUGCUUCAACUGUGUGUGUGUGUGCUGCUUCAACUGUGUGUGUGUGUGCUGCUUCAACUGUGUGUGUGUGUGUGUUGUCUGUUUUAAUAUAAUUGUUAAGUUGCUAUCAUACAUAAUCUUAUAAUUAGCUUCGAUCCCAGGCCGCUCUUCCUCGAAGAGAGGCCUGGUGAAGGAGGCUAACAUAA